UAUUCUAUCACGUCGUACGCACAAUUAUUGCUCAUUAACUUACUCUAGUGAACUUGCUAACUUUUGUCCUCCUUUUCCUAUCCAAAUUGCAACAAUGUGCUGUAGAAAAAUCACUAGAGUUGUGUAAUUUAUCUCAAUAGAGUGAAUUUCUUUUUACCAGGAAUAUGUACCGUCAUUCUUAACCAUCAGAAUUCAGUGAAAAAUUCCACCAUUUCCAAUCUCAAAAGUUUAAAAAACCCUUCUCUAUUCUCUCUUUCAAGUGGCCAAAAUCGAGCUGCAGGUUCUUCUUGAAAUUCCUCUCAACUACUCAUGGGCACAGUUACUGAUAAGUCGGAUGAUGAAUACUCAGUAAUUAGUGAUAGAGGAGACAUCGGAUUUGUUGACUUUGACAAAUAUAAAUCAGCUUGUAGCUACAAUCCAAAUGAAGAGAGCGAUAUAGUUGUUAUAUCUGUUCCAUUUCCGCUGAUAGGGGGAAAACCUAAAUCAGGAUUUGUUGGAGAAAGUGUUGUCGAUUCAAUCACAAUAGAGAAUACCACUAAUGAGUCCCUGGACCUGUGGUCAAUUAAGAUCUACGACUCGAAACCUGAGGAUUCAUUCACGCUAUCUCUGAUGGAACCUCCAGCUGCUUGUUCUGACGUGGAAUAUGUUCAACAAUUCAUGGAGUCCUUUAGCUUAGAGGAUAGAAUGUUACGACCGGGCCAGACACUAACAGUAUGGUUGAUUUGUAAACCCAAAGAAAUUGGAUUGCACACAUCAGCUGUGCAUUUCAAUGUGGGUGAGGAGAACAUAGAAAGAUUAGUUUUUGUCUUGGCUGAGGAUAAGGUUUCCCAGUCCCUGGCUUCGAGUAGGCCAUUCCACAGAGACAGAAAGAAGAAAGCACCAGCAGUAGAUGUUUUUGCUGUUAAUGGAUAUGUUAGGGGUUCUCGUCCUACAAGGGCUUCACGAGGAUUCAGAAACAGGCUUCAGUCAUAUCCAAUUCCGCAGGAUGUAAGGGAAAUGAUAGAGACGAAACAAUUUCCUGAUGUUAUUGGGCAAGGCUUAAGAAAAGAUAAUUACAUUGCUUACUUCAGAACUUUACUAGCAAUUGAAGAAAUCAAGAUGGAGGAAGACAUGAGGGACUAUGAUAUGGAGUCUGUCACCAUGAAGCGUAGGGGCCCACAGUUUUUGUCUCUUGAUGUCCCAGGGCUAGCUGAGAGGAGGCCAUCACUUGUUUAUGGAGAUUAUAUCUUCGCAAAGCUAGCUACAACAGAUGCUAGCCCUUAUCAGGGUUAUAUCCACCGAGUUGAGGCGGAAGAAGUAUAUUUGAAGUUUGAGAAAGAAUUCCACAUCAACCAUGUUGCUGGAAACCUUUAUAAUGUGCAGUUCGCAUUCAAUCGUAUAGGUGUGCGGAGGUUACAUCAAGCCAUUGAAGCUACAGAAAGCUUAAAUGAGGAAGUUCUCUUUCCAUCAGGCAUAGCCAGAACGAGAAAUAUACAAGCUGCUAGACUGGCACCUAUUUCAUGUACGCUUAACGAGGAGCAGACGAGUGCAGUUGAAAAGAUUCUUGGGUGCAAAGGAGGGGCUCCAUAUGUUAUCCAUGGGCCUCCUGGUACGGGCAAAACAUGGACUAUUAUAGAAGCUAUCGUCCAGCUACACAUUAUGAGGAAAUAUGCUCGAGUUCUGGUCUGUGCACCUUCAAAUAGUGCUGCAGACCAUAUACUUGAGAAACUUGUCAGUCAGCAGAAUGUUAAAGUGCAGGACCAUGAAGUUCUUAGGUUGAAUGCACUCACACGUCCUUUAGACGAUGUGAAUCCUAGUUACAUUCGCUUUUGCAAUGUGGAAGAUGAUGGUUUCAAGUGUCCUCUUCUCAGGGACCUUAGAAGAUAUAGGAUUAUCAUAUCUACAUAUGCUAGUUCAUGUCUUCUUUAUGCAGAAGGCAUACAACAGGGACACUUCUCUCAUAUUUUCUUGGAUGAGGCAGGACAGGCAUCGGAGCCUGAUACCAUGAUUCCUCUUUCUCAUCUUUUAAAGGAGGAGACAGUAGUUGUACUUGCUGGUGACCCACUGCAACUUGGUCCAAUAGUUUUCUCAAAAGAUGCUGAAAAUUAUGGAUUGGGGAUGUCAUAUAUGGAAAGGUUAUUUGAAUGCAAGUUAUAUGGUGAUCUCAACGAAAAUUAUGCUACCAGACUAGUAAAGAACUACCGGUGUCAUAAAGUAAUUCUGAAGCUUCCCUCAGAAAUGUUUUAUGAAGGACAGUUGAUCCCAUGUAAAGAAGAUAAAAUUUCUAAGACUUGGGUGGACCUGCUUCCAAACAAGGAAUUUCCUUUGCUUUUCAUUGGUAUACAAGGUUGUGAUGAAAGGGAAGGAAACAACCCAUCGUGGUUCAAUAGGAUCGAGGCGAGCAAGGUUGUAGAGAUCAUUAGAGAUCUAAUAGAGAACAAAGGUAUGAAAGAGGAAGAUAUUGGGGUGAUAACACCUUACAGACAGCAAGUACUGAAAAUAAGAAAAGUCCUUGAGAGUUUUGAAUGGGUUGAUAUAAAGGUUGGUAGUGUGGAGCAAUUCCAAGGUCAGGAAAGAGAAGUUAUUAUCAUAUCGACCGUCCGAUCAACUAUACAACACAAUGACUUUGAUAGAAUCCACUACUUAGGAUUUUUAAGCAAUCCGAGAAGGUUUAAUGUUGCUGCUACAAGAGCCAGAUCAUUGCUUGUAGUUAUCGGGAAUCCACACAUCAUCUGCAAGGACCCCUACUGGAACAAGCUUUUGUGGUAUUGUGCAGACAAUGGCUCCUACAAGGGCUGCUUCUUACCUGAAAAAGUGGAGAUCCUUCAAGAGGAUUCUGGACAAGCAAAUAAUUGGUGUGAUGGCGGGGCACAAGAAAAUAACUGGGACGGUGAAGGUGCACAAGCUAAUGAUUGGGACCAAGACCAAGGGGGACAAGUUAACAAUUGGGACGAAGACCAAGGGGAACAAAUUAACAAUGGUGACCAAGACCAAGGGGGACAAGUUAACGAUUGGGACCAGCACCAAGGGGCACAAGCUAAUGAUUGGGACCAAGACCAAGGGGAACAGGCUAAUGAUUGGGACCAAGACGAAGAUGGACAAGCUAAGAAUUGGAAUGAUGAAAGCACUUGCGAUAAUGAAGAGAAACAGAAUCUUCAGCCAUCUCCCGAGGUUCAAUGGGGUACAGUUCAGCAAACUGAAUACAUCCCUGACCCUGUUGUGGAUGAAGCUGAAUGGUCUGAUGGUUGGAAAUAACUGCAGUAGGAGCAUAGCUUAGUUUAUUAUGCAAUGGGCUGAAACUUUUCGAGUUUGCGUUGAACCUCAAAACUCAACAGAAAGAUUUGUUUUCAGAUUCUGCAGUAGAAUAUGCAGUUUUUGCUUUCUGAAAAAUUCAAGCUCAAGAAUGCCUGCAUUGUAUCUACAUAUAUACAGUAUCUACAUAUAUACAGCCUAUAUAUUAAAUGGUGACGUGGAAAGUUCAAGCUCUA